CUUUUAAAAAGUUUGCUCUGUAAAUUGGAAUGAGGUCAGAUUUGGAGCUUCUCAUUGCACGCGGAGAUUAUUAUUGCAUCGGGUUCCAAGCCAAUGGGAAGCCCAGGGGAGGGGCUUGGCUCAAGGAAGCGUUGGUUACAGCGGCUGAUUGGCCGCGGCCAAGACUGGGAAAGGAUAAAGAGACGCGAGGCGGAAUUGGGGUCUGCUCUAAGCUGCAGCAAGGGAAACAGUGUGUGAGGGGAAGAGGCCUGUUUCGCUCCCGGGUCUCUAGUUCUUGCACGCUCUUUAAGAGUCUGCAUUGGAGGAACUCUGCCAUUACCAGCUCCCUUCUUACAGAAGGGAGGGGGAAACAUACAUUUAUUCAUGCCAGUCUGUUGCAUGAAGGCUUUUUGGCUUCCUACCUUGCAACAAAAUAAUUGCACAAACUCCUCAGUACCGAUUCCGCCCACAGAGAGUCCUGGAGCCAGAGUCUUUUCUGCUUUGCAUUGUAGGAGAGGGACUAAGUGAUAGAGACUAUGUCGCUUUCCUGAGCUCCUGAGAGCGCUCGUGAACUGGAAUCAACUGCUUCAGGGGAAGGAAAAAAAAAAAAAACAGACUUGCCUGGGAGGCGGCGAAAAACUUGCAUUCGAAGCUUCAGCAACCAGCAUUCAAGAAACUCCUCUCCACUUUUAGCACGGUCUCCAGGACUCAGGAGCCGAGAGACAGCGCAAACUGCGGCGCGGUGAGAGAGAGAAGAGCGAGAGAGAGAGGGAGGGAGACUCUCCAGCCUGGGAACUAUAACUCCUCUGCAAGAGGCGGAGUACUCCCGCCCCGCAUCUUUUGGAGACUUUUCUCUCUUCGCCCACCUCCGCCCCGGCCGGGAGUUGAGCCGACCGCUCGGCCGCCGCGCGCGUCCCCCAACUCGGCGUGCGCUUGGCCCCGGGAGCCGGGAGGGCCCGGCGAUUGCGCCGCGGCCGCCGCAAGGGUGUGAGCGCGCGUGGGCGCCCGCCGAGCCGGGGCCAUGGUGCAGCAAACCAACAACGCCGAGAACACGGAAGCGCUGCUGGCCGGCGAGAGCUCGGACUCGGGCGCCGGCCUCGAGCUGGGCAUCGCCUCCUCCCCCACUCCCGGCUCCACCGCUUCCACGGGCGGCAAGGCCGACGACCCGAGCUGGUGCAAGACGCCGAGCGGGCACAUCAAAAGGCCCAUGAACGCCUUCAUGGUGUGGUCGCAGAUCGAGCGGCGCAAGAUUAUGGAGCAGUCGCCCGACAUGCACAACGCCGAGAUCUCCAAGCGGCUGGGCAAACGUUGGAAACUGCUCAAAGACAGCGACAAGAUCCCUUUCAUUCGGGAGGCGGAGCGGCUGCGUCUCAAGCACAUGGCUGACUACCCCGACUACAAGUACCGGCCCAGGAAGAAGGUGAAGUCCGGCAACGCCAACUCCGGCUCCUCGGCCGCCUCCUCCUCCAAGCUGGGGGAGAAGGGCGACAAGGUCGGUGGCAGCGGCGGGGGCGGCCACGGGGGCGGCGGCGGGGGCGGGAACGGCAACGCGGGGGGAGGAGGCGGCGGCGCGAGCGGCGGCGGCGCCAACUCCAAACCCGCGCAGAAAAAGAGCUGCGGCUCCAAAGUGGCGGGCGGCGCGGGCGGCGGGGUCGGCAAGCCCCACGCCAAGCUCAUCCUGGCGGGCGGCGGCGGGGGCGGCGGGAAAGCGGCGGCCGCCUCCUCCUCCUCUUUCGCGGCCGAGCAGGCUGGGGCCGCCGCCCUGUUGCCCCUAGGCGCCGCCGCCGCCGCGGCUGCCGACCACCACUCGCUGUACAAGACGCGGACUCCCGGCGCCUCGGCCUCGGCGGCGGCCUCGGCCUCCGCCGGCCUCGCGGCCCCGGGCAAGCACCUGACCGAGAAAAAGGUGAAGCGCGUCUACCUGUUCGGCGGCCUGGGCGCGUCGUCCUCGCCCGUCGGCGGCGUGGGCGCGGGCGCUGACCCCAGCGACCCCCUCGGCCUAUACGAGGAGGGGGGCGCCGGCUGCUCGCCCGACGGGCCGAGCUUGAGCGGCCGCAGCAGCGCCGCUUCGUCGCCGGCCGCCGGCCGCUCGCCCGCCGACCACCGUAGCUACGCCAGCCUGCGCGCCGCCUCGCCCGCCCCGUCCAGCGCGCCCUCGCACGCGUCCUCGUCGGCCUCGUCCCAUCACUCCUCCUCCUCCUCGUCCUCCUCCUCCUCGGGCUCGUCGUCCUCGGACGACGAGUUCGAAGACGAUCUGCUCGACCUGAACCCCAGCUCAAACUUUGAGAGCAUGUCCCUGGGCAGCUUCAGCUCGUCGUCGGCGCUGGACCGGGACCUGGAUUUUAACUUCGAGCCUGGCUCCGGCUCGCACUUCGAGUUCCCGGACUACUGCACGCCCGAGGUGAGCGAGAUGAUCUCGGGAGACUGGCUGGAGUCCAGCAUCUCCAACCUGGUCUUCACCUACUGAAGGGCGCGCGGGCUGGGAGAAGAGGGCCGGGGGACGGGGGAGGGGAGCAGAGAGGAAAGAGAAAAAAAGAAAAAAAAAAAGCGGACAGAGAAAGAGUUGCAAGAGAAAAGGGAAAAAGAAAAAAAAAAAAAAGGAAAAAGGAAAAGGAAAAAAAAAAAGUGAGCAGGGCCGGCUUGGGCCGCGUCCCGGUGGUCGGAGAGCAGCGCGGCGGCGUUUGGGGACCCGCGCUCCCAUCCCCCACCUCCCCGGCCGGAGGGACGCGGCGGAGGCGGAGGUAGACAGGGGCGACCUUUUAUUGUUGUUCUUGAUGUUGUUGUUGAUGGCGAAAAAGCGACUUCGAGUUUCCUCCCCUUUGCUUGAAGAGACCCCCCCCCCCGCCCCGCACCGCUUCCAACGAGCUUCCGGACUUGUCUGCACCCCCGGCCAGAAGCCGAGUUGGUAGUUUUCUAAGAGACUGAAGGAAUCUCGUUCCUCUCUCAUCGCCCCCUUGGUAUUUUAUAUUUGGUUUUUUUUUUGAUCCGGAGAGGAGGAGAAAAAAAAAAAAUCCAACGCGCCCCCGGGGCGUUUUGUUCUCAGCAUCCCCGCCCCCAUACUUCUUCGCCAACACCCCCCCCCCCCCCCCGCGCAAGAAGACAGAAGGCUCCGGGGAGUCGAAUUUGACCGACGGCAGAUGUUGGAGGGUCGCACGGACCCGAGCGCCGGGACUGAGAGACUCCACGCUGGCGAAUUCCCGUUUUGUUUUUGGAGGGGUUUUUUUUUUUCUCUACUUUUUUUUUUUUUCUUUUUUUUUUUCUUGCCCCUGCAGCCGGAGGAGGAGAUGUUGAGUGACCGGCGCUCGGAAAUGACCCAAGAACCUAGUUGGAAAGCCACACCAGCCAGGGCGAGGGGCGGGGAGGAGAAAGACACGAACUGGACAGGGGCGAAUAAUAAAACUGAAAUGGAUUUGCACGUUGGGGAGAAGGUGGCGGCGUCUCCUGGGCCUCCGCCUCCCGCAUCUCUGAAAUCAGUGAGGUGAGACUUCAAGGCCCGCAGGCGCGGAGGAGAGGAGACUGUUUGAUGUGGUACCGGGGCAGUGGAGGGCGAGUGGUGUCGGGGGAAAAAAAAAAGGUUUUUUGCUUCUCUUAAUCGGAAUCGUGAUGGUGUUGGAUUAUUUCACUGGUGGGGUUAAUAUAGCAUGUUAUCCUGUCUAUCUUUUAAAGAUUUCUGUAUAAGACUGUUGAGCAGUUUUUAAAAUAGUGUAGGAUAAUAUAAAAAGCAGAUAGAUGGCGCUAUGUUUGAUUCCUACGACAGAAAUUAUCACCAGCUUUUUUUCAUUCUUAACUCUUUAAAGGAUUCAAACGCAACUCAAAUCUGUGCUGGACUUUAAAAAACAAUUCAGGACCAAAUUUUUUCUCAGUGUGUAUGUGUUUAUUCCUUAUAGGUGUAAAUGAGAAGACGUGUUUUUUUCCCUCACCGAUGCUCCAUCCUCGUUUUUUUUUUCUUUUUUUUUCCUUGUAAAUGUAAUCAGAUGCCAUUUUAUAUGUGGACGUAUUUAUACUGGCCAAACAUUUUUUUUUCUUAUUUUGUCCCUUCUUUCUUUUGUUUUUUUUUCUUUUUACUUCCUUAUUUACUCCUUCCUUCCUUCUUUUCUUUCAUUUUUUUUUUUUUGUAGUUGUUGUUACCCACGCCAUUUUACGUCUCCUUCACUGAAGGGCUAGAGUUUUAACUUUUAAUUUUUUAUAUUUAAAUGUAGACUUUUGACACUUUUAAAAAAACAAAAAAAGACAAGAGAGAUGAAAACGUUUGAUUAUUUUCUCAGUGUAUUUUUGUAAAAAAUAUAUAAAGGGGGUGUUAAUCGGUGUAAAUCGCUGUUUGGAUUUCCUGAUUUUAUAAUAGGGCGGCUGGUUAAUAUCUCACAGUUUAAAAAAAUCAGCCCCUAAUUUCUCCAUGUUUACACUUCAAUCUGCAGGCUUCUUAAAGUGACAGUAUCCCUUAACCUGCCACCAGUGUCCAUCCUUCGAUCUCAGUCCUAUAAAAAAGGGGGAGGAGAAUUAGCCAAACACUGUAUGAUUUUAAGAAAAACAAAUUUUUUAAGCAAAAUACUGUUUUAUCCAGAGGCUUUAAAACUGGGGCAUUUACAGCAAAAAGGGAUCCUGUAGCUUUAACUUGUAAACCACAUCUUUUUUGCACUUUUUUUAUAAACAAAAACGUGCCGUUUAAACCACUGGAUCUAUCUAAAUGCCGAUUUGAGUUCGCGACACUAUGUACUGCGUUUUUCAUUCUUGUAUUUGACUAUUUAAUCCUUUCUACUUGUCGCUAAAUAUAAUUGUUUUAGUCUUAUGGCAUGAUGAUAGCAUAUGUGUUCAGGUUUAUAGCUGUUGUGUUUAAGAUUGAAAAAAGUGGAAAACAUCUUUGUACAUUUAAGUCUGUAUUAUAAUAAGCAAAAAGAUUGUGUGUAUGUAUGUUUAAUAUAACAUGACAGGCACUAGGACGUCUGCCUUUUAAGGCAGUUCCGUUAAGGGUUUUUGUUUUUAAACUUUUUUUUGCCAUCCAUCCUGUGCAAUAUGCCGUGUAGAAUAUUUGUCUUAAAAUUCAAGGCCACAAAAAACAAUGUUUGGGGGAAAAAAAAAGAAAAAAAUCAUGCCAGCUAAUCAUGUCAAGUUCACUGCCUGUCAGAUUGUUGAUAUAUACCUUCUGUAAAUAACUUUUUUUGAGAAGGAAAUAAAAUCAGCUGGAACUGAACCCUAAA